AUGAGCACAAAGGCGACGAAGAGACUUCUGUCGGAGCUCCGACAGCUCCAGCAAGAUCCGCCUUCCAACAUCGUCGCUAGACCGCUUGAGGACGACUUGUUCGAAUGGCACUUUACCAUCACCAACGUUGACGGCGACGACUUUAAUGAGGGCGUCUAUCACGGACGCAUCCUUCUGCCUGCCGAGUAUCCACUCAAGCCGCCCGACUUUAUGCUCUUGACGCCCAAUGGCCGCUUCGAGCUGAACAAGAAGAUCUGUCUGAGCAUCUCGGGCUAUCAUGAGGACCUUUGGCAGCCUGCCUGGAGCAUUCGUCUCGCUCUCGUCUCGCUUGCCAGCUUCUUCAGUACAGAAGCAGCAGGAGCGAUCGGAGGUCUGCAGACACCUUCUGCCGAGCGCAAGAAGCUCGCAAAGCAGUCACGCAACUGGACCUGCCCGACUUGCAAGGCAUCGAAUCACGAGCUCAUCUCCGAGGCCAUCUCGACUCAUGAGCCGGCCGCUGCGCCUGAAAGUAUACCAGAUAAUGCGGAAAGAGCGAGCACCUCUAGUGGCGAGUCGACAGUCGUCGCCGCGCAACUCAAUGAGGCACCCGCCACAUCUACACUUUUGGCGCCUAUGCCGGUCACCGUUGCAGCACGAGCUCGAGAGCCCGUCGAGGCAUCCCUGUGGAUCGAUCGUACUAUUGGCGCCCUCAUCGUCGUACUCGUUCUGCUGCUCUUGCGCCGUCUGUAA